CGUUUUACUGGUGAUAUCUUUUGUUAGGGGCAUAUUUUAUGUAAUUCGUAGGAAAUGACUUACAUAAUUCGAACCAAGCAGCUAUUAUCCUAUGCGUCAUGCGAACCCUCGUGAACACUCUUCAGUCCCCAGCCGGCUCCGCUGCCGCCAGCUGCCGGUCCUGAUUAGCGUUCCUACAGGUGUGCUGCCGUCAUCGGGGCCUCACCGGACCGAUAACUAGACCGACGGCGAGUGAGGAGCUCACAUACACUGUCACCGCCGCCGCAGUCUGCACCGAACCCCUCUCACUGUCGGAGCUCAGCGGCGCCCGCCUGGACACAGCAGCGGCACGAAGACAAGAGUCGCGAUGAAGGCCGAGAAAUUUACCCUGCUGCGUCACUUUGACGGCAUGCCGCAGCCGUCUGAUUUCCAGCUGGAGUCUGAGGACCUUCCUGAGCUGAAGGAGGGCGAAUUCCUCUGUGAGGCCGAGUUCCUCAGCGUUGACCCGUACAUGCGGCCCUACUCGAAGGACCUCAACCCGCCAGUGACCAUGAUCGGAUCGCAAGUGGCGCGGGUACUGGAGAGCAGGAGCGACAAGUUCCCUGUGGGCUGCCGCGUGGUCGGGGCGCUGGGAUGGCGCUCCCGCACUGUCGUCAGUGAAGAUAUGCCGUCCGCCGUCUUUGGACUGAGGAAGCUUCCUGACCUGGGCGACCUUCCGACGUCAUAUGCUCUCGGCUCCUGCGGUAUGCCGGGCAAUACGGCCUACUUCGGCUUCCUGGAGAUCUGCAAGCCAAAGGAGGGCGAGACGUUGGUGGUGACGGGCGCGGCCGGCGCCGUCGGCAGCCUGGUCGGACAGAUCGCCAAGAUCAAGGGCUGCCGCGUGAUCGGCUUCGCGGGUACGGACGACAAGUGCGCCUGGAUCCGCCAGCUCGGCUUCGACGUGGCCAUCAACUACAAGACGUGCUCGGACAUCGACGCUGCUCUGAAGGAGGCCGCCCCGGACGGUGUGGACUGCUACUUCGAUAACGUCGGCGGAAUGCUCAGCUAUCAAAUCCGCAAACAGAUGAACCUGUUUGGUCGUAUUUCUGUGUGCGGCUUUAUCUCCAGCUACAACGAGAAGACUGGCGAGGAACUGACCCUGGAAGUCCCCGAGAAGCUGAUUCUGUUCAAGCAGCUAAAAAUGGAGGGUUUCAUCGUCACCCGCUGGGACCAGGAGGAGACGUGGAACAGGGGCGUCGAACAGAUGGCCUCCUGGAUUAGGGAGGGCAAGAUUCAGGUCCAGGAAACGGUCACGGAUGGAUUCCAGAACAUGCCGCAGGCCUUCAUCGGCAUGCUGAAAGGAGAAAACACGGGGAAAGCCAUGGUGAAAGCCAAUGCUCAAUGAAACGAAUCCGUCACUCAAGAGUCUAAUGAGGAAUUCCGUUGACUGUGUGUGCUCGUGCAUUGUGUUCUGCUUAUUAAAUUCGAGAUCUUGCAACGAG